CUCAAGCCUGGCUCGGGCGCGCGGCGGCGGGCGCUUGGGCAUGAUGGCGCGGGCGGGGGCGCUGGGCAGUGCUCCUGGUGCUGCGCGCGCUUGCCUCGGCGAGCCGCGGCGGACGCGCGCGGAGCGUUCUGCGGCUCGGAGGCGGGCGCUCGAGGCAGCGGACAAAGGAGUGAAGGCGGCGCUCGCGGAUGCAGCGGCCCUGCGCAGCGAGCUGGAGGCCGUUCGGCGGUGCUUCGCGUCCUACGUGGGCGACGCCGAGCUGGCCGACCGCCUGGAGGCGAUCGCGCCCGCGCUGACGGCCUUGCUGCGGGGAGUGGCCCCCGAGCAGGAGGAUGCAGCGCGGAGGAAUGUGGCUCUCCGCGCCGACGCCUCUGGGGCCAGGGUUGCGCCGGCGCGCGGCCUCGCCCUGCGGCGGCCCCAGCGGCCCGC